AUGGACUCGCAGCACUGCAAAAUGAAUGGUGACGCUUUCCAGGAAUCUAGCUACAUUGAAGACUCCCCCAGUAAAAAUGGUGUGAUUUCUUUGAUUUUCUCUCUGAAAGAAGAAGUCGGGGCAUUAGCUAAAGUCCUGCGCACAUUUGAGGAAAAAGGAAUAAACUUGACCCACAUUGAGUCCCGACCUUCCCGUCUCAACAAAGAUGAGUAUGAAUUCUUCAUUAACUUGGAAGGCAAGAAUGUCCCAGCACUGGACAAGAUCAUCAAGUCCUUGAGAACUGACAUUGGAGCAACAGUCCAUGAGCUCUCACGAACAAAGAAGAAGGACACUGUACCGUGGUUCCCAAGAAGUAUCCAGGAGCUGGACAGGUUUGCCAAUCAGAUCCUAAGCUAUGGAGCAGAAUUGGAUGCUGAUCAUCCUGGGUUCAAAGAUCCCGUGUACCGGGCCCGGAGGAAGGAGUUUGCAGAUAUCGCCUACAACUACAGACAUGGCCAACCUAUUCCUCGUGUCACCUAUACGGAAGAAGAAAAGAAAACUUGGGGCACUGUCUUCAGGGAGCUGAAGAGUCUGUAUCCAACUCAUGCUUGCUAUGAACACAACCACGUGUUCCCACUGCUGGAGAAGUACUGUGGCUACAGGGAGGACAACAUUCCCCAGCUUGAAGAUGUUUCAAAUUUCUUGCAGAGCUGCACUGGGUUUCGGCUGCGUCCCGUGGCCGGCUUGCUCUCCUCCCGGGAUUUCCUGGCGGGGCUGGCGUUCCGCGUGUUCCACUCCACGCAGUACAUCCGCCACGCCUCCAAGCCCAUGUACACCCCGGAGCCUGAUAUUUGUCAUGAGCUGCUAGGACAUGUGCCUCUCUUUGCUGAUCCCAGCUUUGCUCAGUUUUCCCAGGAAAUUGGACUGGCAUCUCUGGGAGCUCCAGAUGAUUUCAUCGAGAAACUUGCUACGGUUUAUUGGUUUACCGUUGAGUUUGGACUUUGUAAGGAAGGAGAUUCCCUCAAGGCAUAUGGUGCAGGGCUGCUGUCUUCAUUUGGGGAGCUGCAGUAUUGUUUGUCAGAUAAGCCUGAGAUUCGGCCUCUUGCCCUGGAGAAGACUUCUGUGCAGGAGUACUCUGUUACUGAGUUCCAGCCCAUCUACUACGUUGCUGAAAGUUUUAAAGAUGCAAAAGAAAAGCUAAGGAAAUUUGCUCAAACAAUCCCUCGUCCUUUCUCUGUCCGGUACAAUCCCUACACACAGAGGAUUGAAGUCCUGGACAAUGCAAAGCAGCUGAAGAACUUAGCUGACACGAUCAACAGUGAGAUUGGGAUCCUUUGCAAUGCCCUCCAGAAGAUCAAAUGAAGAUUUGCUGUAGCUUGCUUGUGACUAGAAGCUGCCAUUCUUGAUCUAGCCUCAGUCUAUUAUC